ACUUUGAAAAACAUUCGGUCAAAUGGCUCUUUACACUCCUCCGUCCUUACCUCGAACGCCCUCCUCCUGCACCAUGCGCACAACCCUCCCCUCCCUCCCCGCUGAGCUCCUUGCAACUUGGUCUUCAUGGCGCCCCCCAAACCCAGCAAACCUCCUAACCCCUCCCAUGACUUCCGCCUUACAAAGACUCACACCUCAGUCCCAAGUCACUUCCCUACCUCCUAUAACUCACUUUGAUCGCCAGCUUUCGGCAAUGGCUCCUUUGACGCCACCACUAACCCAAGACGCGUCCACCUGGAUAAAGUCCAUUCCUACCAGUGAGAUGGUCUACCACUCGCCAGACCGGAUGAGUGAAGAUUCUACCUUGGAUCAACCAUUUCUGCAGAAACCUCUAAUGCGCGAGGAUGCUCCUCAUCUCAUUGACUGGUCUGAUUUUUCGCUCAAGCGGUCGGCCCAUUUCAUCGCGGAGAAGACCUGUGAAAUGAUAUGUUACCUGUGGUUCUCAACAUCUUUGUCGGGGACUUCGCAGCGACUUCGUUCGACGUCAUUGCAGACUCCAUCUCCUCCGUACUCUCCUGAAACACCUUCCCCCACUUCCGCCCUUCAAUUCACUGCCUCUACGACGUUUAUACAGUUCAUGCAAAAAGUGCUCGAGACAACUCAAGUCAGCCAGUCUGUAAUCGUUCUGUCUCUACACUACAUAUAUCGCCUCAAGGAACGAAAUCGUUUCACCGCCGGACUUGCUGGUAGUGAAUUCCGCAUAGCCGUCGCCGCUCUCAUGAUGGCUAAUAAAUUUCUUGACGAUAACACGUAUACGAAUAAAACGUGGUCAGAGGUGUCGGGCAUAGAACUCACAGAAAUAAAUAAGAUGGAGAGGGAAUUUUUAGUUGGGAUAGAUUUCGGGCUGUAUGUCGACAACUCGACCUACGAAUCCUGGUUGAAUUUGUUGAAAGGCUUGGUGAUGGCGAAAGAGAGGGAUAGUCGGCAAUGGCGCAAAUCACGAGCACGCUGUAGGCCAUCGCGUACGAUAAACCCGGUCACAUCAGCUCCUCCCGCACGAACAUAUAGACUGCGAUGCCACUCGUCGUCAUAUCGCGCUCGCUCGACUUCUCCAACUGAGUCGUUCACUUACGCUCGAACUCUUUCGUCGAAUCAUCACGUGACUGUACCUACUUCCGAUUGUUCACCUACGCCUCAUCCAGGGUCCAAGCGUUCGGCUGCAGAUGCGUUUUCCCCAACAUCAGCUUCGUUCCACGAGUUACCGCCUUUGAAGCGCCCGACCGGUAUGACGCUACAGAUUCCCGAACAGCGUUACUCUGGCGGUGCUAACUCUGCGUCACCACUGGAGUCUUUGCAGUCCUUCGCGAAAAUGUCCCUUUCUUCUAAUUCGCCACAUUCUGCACGCACUGUCCACUCGGCACAUGUGUCACCUGUACCACCAGUGGAUACCAUGCCCCAUACAUUGGUGGCUGCUUAUCGCGCAGAGAGGCCUGUGAACGUUCCUCAGAAUCUUUAUUAUUAUUCACUUGCAGGUUCCUCAAUAGAUAGCGAAGUAGAACAUCGACGAAAGGCUAGAUUGCGGUGUUAUCAGCCACCACCACCACCUUUGACUUAUUAUCAGCCUCCUCCUCCCGCGUAUAUGCCGAUGGAUAUUCAAUCAGCGUCUGUUAGUCCACAUGAAGUCCACAUGACCAUUUCACAUGCCUCUUUGCCCCACUUUCACGAUUCAGUCUGGUCUCGCAAAUUCGCACCACCGGUCUAUACGCAGUCUCCAUCAGAUGGCCGUCAUCAUCUUCCUCCUCUCAGAGAAAGUGCCGUUCCUUCGGCCCCAUUUGCGAAUGCUGGUCCACCCGGUGUACAGUUCUACACUCCUUCUAGUCAACGGGCAUCUCCCGUAUAUCCUUAUAAUUGGAAUACUUGCAGGCGAUAAUUAUUACAGUUCUUGUUAAUGCACACAUUCAUUACUUCUCUGUUCACGUUAACAAUUUAUCCUCUUUUAAUCACCUUUGGCAUGCGGUCUCAUUACCGUCCAUACGCACACUUUCACUCGCUGCAUCACGUUAUUUCACUGGCAUAGACUCUCAUCAUUCAUUGUUGUACUUUUUCCGCAUUAUUCAUUAUACGUUUUGAUGGUUUUGAGGGGGCCAUUCACAUAUCUUACAUACUGUUCAAAAUAGUGUAGAAAUUUAUAGCGCAGGUUACUACGAGUGUGGAAUCCCGAUCCCACCGUAAAUCAGAACAAAUCUUCACUUC